GUAAAUAGAGAAAACAGAGCAGCAUCGGGAAGUAGAGGCAGAGAGAAAACUGGGCAAAGCCAAGAGAGAGAGAGAAUGAGAUGUCAAUUCAGAGGAAGGAUGCAGGGUUAGGAAAAGGGGAAACUGUGAGAAAACAGGUAUCUAGCUAUAUCUAGCUAUACUACACACACACACACACACACACACACACACACACACAGAGCAAGGGACAGACUCAGAAAAAGGUAGAAGGUAGAAACAGGGAGAAGAGAGAACAGAAGACAAGACAAGAUAGACAGAAGCAGAGAAAGACUUCGGGGAGUCACAGACUAGAGGACAGCAGGCUAGACCAUCUUUGGUUUGGGUGGCUAGCCAUGGAAGCUCAAAGAAGGAGCCAUCAGGAAAAGCAAACGAAGGGUCAUGCCUGUGGCCGAUCCCUGCCUGAGCCACGAGUGGCCUCUGGGACUCUGAUCUCCACGGUAGACAGGAGCUCUGAGGCUUAUAGGAGGCUCUCUGGUACAGAGCUGGGGAGACCUAAGCUUUGCCCACAGAGAGGCCGUCCCCACUCCCGGCGCCGCCACCGCACCACCUUCAACCCAGCACAGCUGGAACAGCUGGAGUCAGCCUUUGGGAGGAACCAGUAUCCUGACAUCUGGGCUCGAGAGGGGCUUGCCCAAGACACUGGCCUCAGUGAAGCCAGAAUCCAGGUCUGGUUCCAGAACCGCAGGGCUAAGCAACGGAAGCAAGAGCGGUCACUUCUCCAGCCGAUAGCCCAUCUAUCUACGGCCACCUUCUCUGGCUUCUUGCCAGAAUCCUCUGCCUAUCCCUACACCUAUGGGACACCACCUCCACCAGCGCCCUGCUUCCCUCAUCCCUACAGCCACUCUCUCCCCUCCCAGCCCUCUACGGCUGCCUCACUCGCUCUUCCUCCCCAGCCUGAGGACUGGUACCCCACCUUGCACCCAGCCCCCACUGGUCAUCUGCCCUGUCCCCCACCCCCACCCAUGUUUCCCCUCAGCCUUGAGACGCCAAAGUCCUGGAACUAAGUGGUGAUAAGGCACCCUCUCUCCAUAACCCUCUUGAAACACGAGAAAAUUGGGGGCUCUCUUUUCCUCCUAAGGGUGAACCUAGAAACGGGGGUGGGGG